CGCACACGUCUUGCAGUGCUCGGUCCAUUUCAAACAAUUAAUGUCACAGCUAUGACCUAACGAAAGAAGCGGCACUUCACAAUCCGAUCUGUGUGAUAGGUCCUGAGAAUCUAAGAGUUUGAAGUAAACUUUUGGGUGUCGGGAAUUUCGACUCUAUUAGUUAAUGAGUCUGAGCUUUGGGGGCCGAUUUCCAAAGACAGGCGCGAGCCUUACACAAUGGCCGACGCAAGCACUUGUCCUCGUCCCACCCUCGACCGUUCCAUACACCAUAUGGACAACAGACCCUUCACACGGGAACUGUCCCUUUACAACGGUGUUUCGAAUCGUUCGCGAGGCUGGAAGACGAAAAAGUCUGAUAAAUCUGUAGAGAUGCGUCCAUCUCGUAGAUCUAGUGUCGUUAGAUACGAUGGUGCCUCGAUGUCAAGUAAUGUUUGGGAUAACUUAAAGAGGGACCCUGAAUUAUGGUAUCGCGAUGGAAAUUGCUACAUCCAUCUCUACGGCCAGGGACAGAGCCGCAGAGGGCCUGCUUUCAAAGUCCCCUUUUCUGGUCUUCUGGAGGGGAACUGUUAUCCCUUCAUUGAUAGGUUCAUGGGUCGAAAUAUCAGAACACCAACAGGCCAUGUCCGGCACGACAACAGUGAUCCGGCAAGACGUAGCCGUAUCGAGCUCUUCAUCCCAGCACCUUCUCGAUCAGACAAACAACAAUCGUAUAAAUACCAUUUAGCAACCCGAAAUUUCAUUGCUUAUGUGUUUCGAAGGUCUAUGGUCGGAGAGAAUUUAGGGACCGCUCUCAUUGGUCUCGUGCAUAGCAUGUAUGAAUUUCGCACGGCAGACGUAGACAAUGUUCAGGACUUGACGAGUUAUCUGGACGAAGAGGGCUAUCUUAACUUUAAGAACAAUCCAACUCACGCCAUAGCCAUCCUACGCCUUGCGGAGGUUUUCCAACUAAAAGAUCUCUAUAUUAACGCCUUUGCACAUUGUUGUGGUAUGAGCGAUCAAUUGCUCAUUGCCCCUGAAUAUCAGCUUGUGUCUCCUGCGAGCCGGAAACUCAUUCGAUGUGCUCGAGUUGAGUUGAAUCUUAGACUGGGACAGAGCGCCACCAUGGUAGAGAAUUUUCUACGUUGUGAGUUGUCGGAAGCCAACUUUGGAUUAUACGCCGGUGCUCGAGCACAUCUCGAACGAUUCCGAAACCUGCUUGUCGAUUUUUACACAGCAAAAUUUGGCUCUUACCCGCCUCCGUCAACUGAUUCUCGAGCGACUAUAUUCGAGGUGGACAUUUUCAGGACGAUGAGAGCUGAUUUCGAAGCCCUCUUCCAUUAUCUAGUUGACGAGACAUUCGACACUACCCAGAACAGCCCUUUCUUGGCGCAAGGAGGGAUUUGUACGUUGCAGUGUAUUCAAUCGUUCGAUGCGAAACAUGAGUUCAAACCCCUGUUCCAUCCACUCCCGCUGCUCCCAAAGGUAUUCCAAGAGAGCAAUACCAAACUUGCUUGGUUGGGGAAGCAAAUAAAAUCGGAUAGAAAGCGGCGCGAAAUGAUGAAUGCGGCGAUGUUAAGUGCUACGAACCCAAGGGUUGACCUCAUGAAGAAUGGAUUAGUGAGGGUAUACCGUGGAUUCGAACAAGACUUAGCCUACUUGCCCACCAAGGCAGACAAGUUAGAAAAUCUGGGCCCUAUAGACGGUAGGAAGGUACGCUGGAUUUUGAUAUACGUAACCUACCAGGCGCUCCGACAAGCUACAGAAGUUCCACCUGAAGUUGAUGAUGCUGACGGUGCUCCUUAUCACCUCUGCAUCUCCACUGCUGAUCUGCCUCCGUGGGAUGAAGAGCGGCCUGUACAUAGUCUUGUUCGAAGGCAGACGGAUCACAUUAUCAGGAGCGUUUCUACAUCAGCAAUGAGACAAGACUCGACGAGAGCAUCGUCUCCAUCUCAUCAACACAGCUUCGAGAUCAAACCGGAUAUAGAUUACUUCGCUAUCACACAUCGCGACGACAAUAGUAAUGAAGUGAAAGAUGGAGGGAGUUCGCGACUGCGUAGAGCUGCAAGCUGGAAGGGAAGCCUGACUCGGAGCCUGUCCCGAAGUUUGACGACCCGACGUCCAUCGGCGACCAGACUUACAAAACCGCAACCGGACAAGACGGUACAAUCAGUCCAUCAUAACCAGGGGCAGUACCAUGAAAUUGUUGUCCGGGGCUAUGGGAACGGCAUAAACAACAUUAACACUGAGUUCGAAGACAUCAGGCCACCAGGUAUACGCGCCUCGAUAAUCGCAGAAGAAGGCACGAUAUCCGCGUCGCCUUCUCGCUACUCUAGUAAUUCUGAUCUAAGGAGGUCUGACCAAGAGGAUGGAGACGAAGAUGAGGAGAGUGCUACGAAGACAACAGAUACAUCCGUUUGCGAGAGCCCGACUGAGACUGCUGCAUGUCUACCUAAUAAUCAACACAAAACAGCACCAGCUCGGUAUCGUACCGGAUCAGCAUCCACUGGUACUCACCGGAAGCUUCUGCGAGAAGAAGCCGUAUCAUGCGGAUUAAUUCGGCGGCGAUCCCGUAGCGUCGACGGCGGGAGCAAUCCGCGAAACCGUCGCCGUUUCUUCACCGAGCCCUGGCCUUUACAUAUCCGGAAGGUACAUAGCGCGGCACCGCAGAUCGAAAUGCCGAUGCCGAAAGCGCCCACCGCGUGGGAAUACGUGAAGGCCGUUAUGGAAGUUAAAGCUUCAAGUUGGAGCCCAGCAAAUGAUGUACAACCAGAGUGGGAGCAGUAUAAUGAUCUAGGUGGGCUGACGGAGUUUAGUACGGAAGUACAAAUGCCGACCCAAGCACAUGGAGUGAGGAAGGUUAGGUCCAGUUUGGCUAUGCACGGUUAGGAGGGAUAUGCUGGACUGGUCCGCAAAGUUUCUUUUGUGAUGGAUGAUACCCACUAGAAUUAGGGGUCAGGCGUUCGGACCUUUGAGAGUAGGUGAUUGUAUUGGAUGGUGUUUAGAGGCUUCGUACGUCACUGU